CACAGGAAGCUUCUUCAGAAACACUUGCCUUCUCCAGUUUCUCUCUCCUCCAGUCAUCAUUCAGAAUGAGCAAGAUCAUUGUUUUUAGCAAAGAGGACUUUGAGGGCAGAACAGCCGAAUUCAAGAACGAUGUCCACAACUUAGAAGAAAAGGGCUUCAACAAUGUCAUCUCAUCUCUCAAAGUCAUUGGCGCACCAUGGGUAGCGUAUUAUGACAAGAACUUCACUGGAAAGCAACGUGUUUUUGAGGAAGGAGAGUAUGCUACCCUUGAUGACAAAGGAAUGUUUUCUUCCUUCAAGAUCAUCACAGAUGACCUGGACAACCCUGAAAUCCAGCUGUUUGAACAUGUGGGCUAUCAAGGAAGAAGCGUGACCCUACACAAAGAAACCAGUCUUCACGAAAUUGAUUUCAGUGACAUUGCUUCUUCCCACAAAGUGAAAGGUGGUGUCUGGGUGAUCUACGAGCACGUCAAUCGUCAGGGUGCCCAGCUUGUGUCUUUCCCUGGGGAUGAAGUUCCCAGCUAUUUCCCACUCUCCUUCAAUGAUGUGGCCAGCCAUGUGCGUCCCUUGCUGCCGAAGCCAUAGACAGCAUCGUUCAUAGCACACUCUCUGCAGCUGAAUAUGAACUGAAACCCUUUUGGAAAGAAUUAGGCGGAUGGUGGGGAAUGACUGAUCUUGACAAGAAACAAUGACUGUGACUGCUACUUAGUAAUAAGAAACUUCAUGCAUUUAAACAGAACCUUGUAAUUUAAGGAUAUAUGUGUUAACUCAAACUGUACAUGUUAAUUUGUCAUCUAACAAUUUUGUUCUAUAACUAUUUGUAAAAGUUUUAAGUUGCUGGU